UUACAUAUUGUCCUCUUAUUUUCUCUUGCAGUGAAAAAGAAGUUUAAAAUACUCGGACACAAGCGUACUGAGAGCUCAGAUAGCAAAGUGUCUCUUGGCCCCUUUUCUCUUCUGAGCCGCUCUAAACAAAACAUCCAGGAGCAGAAUAACCUCUGUAUCAACGGCAGCCACGUUUAUGCAGAGGAACAAGAACCUAAAGCUAUUUUUGGCUCCACACUUAGUCUGAACAGCUCAGGAAAGGGUUCGGUGGAGGAUGUUCGCAAAUACCACCAACGAAAUACUUCUGACAUGUCCAUCGACUCACUUAAAGGCUUAAGUAUCCCCUCAUAUAAGCCUGAAGUGCAAGACAAAGCCUCUCCUGUCCCACAGCGCCCUCUAGAGGAUAGGAGUCAUGUAGAGGUGGAGGAGAAAGGUAGGAAACCAGAAGGAAGAAACCUGCAAGAGAUGCUGGACCAACAGGUAGAGCCAGAGCAGAGGAGACAGCAAGAACGAGAGAGAAAACUAGAGGAAGAGAGGAAAAGCAGGCUUGAAGAGCAGGAGAGGAAGCACAAGGUAGAGGAAGAGGUGCAGCGAGCUGAGGAGCAGCGGCACCAGGAGGAGUCCAGAGUAACCGAACGGCUCUCCUCUCUCUUUGGCAUUGGAAAGAAGAAGGAGGAGAAGAGAGAGCAAGCUAUGAAUGAACCCAAACGUCUAGAUGUGCCGUCCUCCACAAACCCGUUUGAAGACAUUCCCCUCACCCCGGAUACUCCAUCCUCUAUCCCAGAAGAGAGGUCCACGGACCCACGGAGGGGCGUCAGGACCACCCUCACCCCGACGCCACCCGCCAGUGCUUUCCCCAGUCGCACAGCAAAAGUGUCCGCGGUCAAACCAAG